AUGAACAAUUCGGUGCAUGUCAGCUUUCUUCAGUCCUUGCUAGGCCGAAACCUGCGCAUUCAUACGACCGAUACACGCAUGUUUGUGGGCAUCUUCAAAUGCACCGACAUGGACCGUAAUGUCAUUCUCGCGAAUACGUUCGAAUAUCGUCUUCCUAGUCAAAGUGCAUUGCAGGCCGCGGCAGAAUCUGCAUCUCCUUCCGAUGCAGGCAAAUUCAAAAUGGACAUGACUAGUCGUUUCAUUGGAGUGGUGGUGGUCCCUGGCCAACACAUCACCAAGAUUGAGGUUGAAGAAAAUCCUUUUGAAAUCCGGACUCGGCCAUUGCCAGUUACGCACUGA